AUGAAUACUUUAGCAGAACUUCUACUGGUAGAGUUUAUACUGGCAGAACUUCUACUGGUAGAGUUUAUACUGGCAGAACUUCUACUGGUAGAGUUUAUACUGGCAGAACUUCUACUGUUUCCCUCAAAAUUGAAUACUUUAGCAGAACUUCUACUGGUAGAGUUUAUACUGGCAGAACUUCUACUGGUAGAGUUUAUACUGGCAGAACUUCUACUGGCAGAACUUCUACUGGUAGAGUUUAUACUGGCAGAACUUCUACUAGUAAAGUUUCUACUGGCAGAAUUUCUACUGGUUAUAUAUGGUGUCAAUUUUUUAAAAAAUUUUGAAUUCAAUGAGUUAUAUCAAAAAUAA